GAAGGAAUGUGACAAAUUUAUACUUCUCGAAGUUUCAUUCAUUUUGUGCAAAAAAUAAGGUGUUUAAUUUGAAGUUUUGACCUUUCUCGAUGUCUUCGAAGCGAACGGAUUCCCCGUCAGAUAUUUUGAAGAAGCUCGCUAAAGUUCCACUUCUCUGCAAUGWCCUUGAAAAGCAAAUGUACGAAGAGACACAGGACAGAGACACAAGGCAUUCAGUCCUACAAACAAGACAAAGUUUAAGUUCUGUAAAWACUAUGGACAGCAACUUAUAUUUUGCUAAUAGAGACCAUGAAAGUCAAUCUAAUAGAAGGCAUAGUAUGCCAAACUGGGGAGUAUCCCACACAACAACAACAAGUGGCUCUUAUCAUCGUGUCCAUGGGCUUUCUCAAGUGUAUGAACCCCAACCAUUUAAUAAUCACAUGUCGCGAUAUGGCAGUGAUAGCUUAUAUCCCUUGAAGAGAAUUGUGGGAGAAGGAAAUUCUGGAAAUAAUCCACCCAAAGCUAGUGUUAUUUCACAUUUGGAUUUAGAGUCAAAUUACAAUAGUCCAAUACAAACCAGGAAUGAUGGACCAAGCAGCUCAUAUACCCAAAGACAUUAUUUAUCCAGCCAUGCACAAACUAAUUUCAAUUCUACAACAAAUAAAAGUAUAAAGAGUCAGUUUAUUCCAGAUGACGAUGCUGUAGUGGCAGGCUCCUSUAGGAGGGCAAGUGCCCCACCAUAUCUUCAGCAUAAGAGAAAAAAUAACUGGGACUCUGAAGAUGUUUUUGUGGAAUCAAAUGAAAGUUUUGGUCAUUUGGAAGACAGAGGAAAUCAGGGGCUCAAAAGAAGACAUUAUUCAGAAUUCAAUCCAGGUGAAAGCUCCUAUAGCAACAAGAAGAUUAGAAGAACAAGUGGACCUGACUCAAGAACCAAAUCACAACCUCAGCAAAACYGUUGGUCAAGGGAGACAUCACGGCGUAGUUCAUCACCACACCCUGUAGAAUUACCUUUUACUCUUGAUACAUUGACUGAUGAAAUUAUGCAAAUAAGCACAAACAAUGCUCAAAGUCCAGACUUACUCAAGAAAAAAGAGCUCCUACGUUCUGUUCUUGAAAGMAUCUUCAGGCAACAGUUUCCUGGGUGCUCUUUACAUUUGGUUGGUUCUUCUGUAAAUGGUUUUGGAAAUAGAUCUAGCGAUGCUGAUUUUUGUCUUAUGCUAACCCAAUGGAGAGAGGUAUUAUGA